AUGAAGAUGUACCCAUCACCCCAGGGGAUUGAAGCCUUCUCAUUUGAUGAGGAGAGAUUUUUAGUGGUGGCCAACAUAAUCGGCAGAAUAUUGCUGAACAAUCUCCAGCUGGAGAUGCUCCUCUCAGUGGAAGACUUUAAUGUGGAUGAAGUAGGGAGCAGUGGGUCUGUGGACUUGAACCUGGCGAUCCCAGAGACCCCUAACCCUGUCAAAGUGGUAGACAACACAACACCCCUGACCACUAAUCCAGUCCACCUUGAGGUUUUGGAUGAAACACUUGUCCUUCAGUCAGGCUUUGCCCUGGCAACCUGCACCUCGUCGCCAAGCUUUGCCACAAAUGCCACACAGGGCUUUGGCACGAAAGUCAUCCUGAAACAAAUGGUCCUGCUAUUCUUGGAGAGGCUCCCUCCUUCGUCAGAGGACCUUGAGUCAGAGUUCCUGACUAUCACCGAUCGUAUCUGCACGCUGUUUCAAAGCAUCACUGCCAGAUUCCGCAACAUCGUUAAUGAGGAGCUGGAGAAGUGUACCGACUCUGACAGUAUGCAGUACUGGGCUUACACCUUCUACUGGGAGUAUAUGAAGAGGUACCCAUCAUCCCAGUGCCUGGGGAUUGAAGCCUUCACAUGUGAUGAGGAGAGAUGUUUAGUGGUGGCCAAAUUGUUUGCAAUGAAGAUGUGCCCCAAGAUGCUCCCCUCAGCAGCAGACUUCGACAAGGCUGAAGAUUCAGGCAGCAAUGGAUCUGUGGACUUGAACCUGGCGAUCCCGGAGACCCCUAACCCUGUCAAAGUGGUAGACAUCACAACACCCCUGACCACUAAUCCAGUCAACCUUGAGGUUUUGGAUGAAACACUUGUCCUUCAGUCAGGCUUUGCCCCGGCACCCUGCAUUCCACCUCCAGGUUUUUCCCCAGGACCCUGCAUUCCACCUCCAGGCUUUUCCCCAGCCCCCUGCAUUCCACCCUCAGGCUUUGCCCUGACAUCCUGCAUUCCACCCUCAGACUUUGCCCUGACAUCCUGCACCGCAUCGCCAAGCUUCGCCGCUAAUGCCAUGCAGGGCUUUGGCACGAAAAUCAUCCUGAAACAAAUGGUCCUGCUAUUCUUGGAGAGGCUCCCUCCUACAUCAGACAACCUUGAGUCAGAGUUCCUCACUAUCAUGAAGAGGUGCCCAUCAUCCCAGUGCCUGGAGAUUGAAGCCUUCACAUGUGAUGAGGAGAGAUGUUUAGUGGUGGCCACCUUGUUUGCAAAGAAAUUGUACCCCAAGAUGUUCCUCUCAGCAGCAGACGUCGACGAGGCUGAAGAUUCAGGGAGCAAUGGAUCUGUGGACAUGAACCUGGCAAUCGCCAACAAAUUUGUCCCUAACCCUGUCAAGGUGUUGGAGUUGCUUCAACCCCUGUCACUUCCAGACAUCAAAAAGCCCUUGACCACUAUCCAUGACAAAGUGCUGGACAACACAACAACACCCCUGGUUGAUGACCCAGCUAAGGUGGACAACAUCACAACACCCCUGGUUGAUGCCCCAGUUAAGGUGGACAACAUCACAACACCCCUGGUUGAUGCCCCAGCUAAGGUGGACAACAUCACAACACCCCUGGUUGAUGUCCCAGUUAAGAUAGACAACAUCACAACACCCCUGGUUGAUGCCCCAGCUAAGGUGGACAACAUCACAACACCCCUGGUUGAUGACCCAGUUAAGAUAGACAACAUCACAACACCCCUGGUUGAUGCCCCAGCUAAGGUGGACAACAUCACAACACCCCUGGUUGAUGUCCCAGUUAAGAUAAACAACAUCACAACACCCCUGGUUGAUGCCCCAGCUAAGGUGGACAACAUCACAACACCCCUGGUUGAUGCCCCAGUUAAGGUGGACAACAUCACAACAACCCUGGUUGAUGCCCCAGUUAAGGUGGACAACAUCACAACACCCCUGGCCACUAUUCCAGUCCACCUUAAGGUUACGAAUGAACCAGUUGACCUCCAGUCAGAAGAUGUUGUGGUCAUUAAACCAAAGAAAAGCAGAGUCAUGAGAUUCUUCCGUCGACUUUUCUGCUGCAUAUACGAAGAUGAUUUGAUGGUGUGAACCUGACCAGCUUUUCAGAGGAUGACUUCAGCUCACACACAAACACACGGGCGCGCACACACACAUAUACGCAUGCCCACACACACACACGCACACACACACCAGAUGUUGUUUAACAUGAGUUUCGCAUGUUAAAUAUUUCUCUAUAAUUUUUCCUCAUUAAAUAUUUUAUUAUGUCUUCA